CCCUGCGCAGCGCGAACAUGGCGGCGGCGGCGGCGGCGAGGGACUGAGCAGCGCCAGCGCUCGGCGGCCGCGCAGGUUUUGCUAUGCUGCAGUGUUUGUACUGACUCUGCUGUCUUGUAGGAGUGAUGGGGAACUAGAGCCCAUGACAGUUCAGUGGAGCCCUUGGCACUUUUGAUAUCUCGACAUCUUCAGUUCUGUAAGAGCAACCCAGUCCCAGGAUCAGGACAGCAGCAGGUGGUAGAAUGCGGAAACCAGGCCCUCAGAAAGCCAUAGACUGGAAAGAUGGUAAAAAGCACAAGUACAGCCGCCCGUCAGAGUCUCCUUCCCAGUACCAAGGCCACUUCACCUGGGAGAAGUACCUGAAAGAGACAUGUGCCAUCCCAGCUCCUGCCCAUUGUUUCAAGCAGUCCUACACUCCACCUGCAAACGAGUUCAAGAUCAGUAUGAAACUGGAGGCCCAGGACCCCCGGAACACCACGUCCACAUGCAUCGCCACCGUGGUGGGGCUGACGGGCGCCCGCCUGCGCCUGCGCCUCGAUGGCAGCGACAACAAGAACGACUUCUGGAGGCUGGUGGACUCUGCUGAGAUCCAGCCCAUUGGCAACUGUGAGAAGAACGGAGGGAUGCUGCAGCCUCCACUGGGCUUCCGGCUGAAUGCCUCCUCCUGGCCCAUGUUCCUUCUGAAGACUCUGAAUGGAGCAGAGAUGGCUCCUGUCCGGAUUUUUCACAAGGAACCACCAUCUCCUUCCCAAAACUUCUUCAAGACAGGUAUGAAGCUGGAGGCAGUGGACAGGAAGAACCCUCACUUCAUCUGCCCGGCCACCAUUGGGGAGGUGAGAGGUUCUGAGGUCCUCAUAACAUUUGAUGGCUGGAGAGGUGCCUUCGAUUACUGGUGCCGAUAUGAUUCCCGGGACAUCUUUCCCGUAGGCUGGUGUUCGCUGACUGGAGAUAAUCUGCAGCCCCCUGGUACAAAAGUUGUGAUUCCAAAGAGCCCUUUACCUGCCUCCGAAGUAAACUCGGAGAAACCUAGCAUGCACAGUAGCACAAAGACUGUUUUGGGGCAUCAACAAGGGCAAAGGCGUCGCAAAACAGGGAAGAAGCGUGGUCGAACGACCAAAGCGCUAAUCCACCACCCCAUGCCUACACCCUCCAAGUCAGUGGAGCCUUUGAAAUUCCCCAGAAAGAGAGGCCCCAAGCCUGGCAGUAAGAGGAAACCUAGGACAUUGCUGAACCCAGCACCCACCUCUCCAACAACCAGUACCCCAGAGCCAGACACAAGCACUGUGCCCCAGGACGCUGCUACAAUCCCCAGCUCUGCCAUGCAGGCUCCCACAGUUUGCAUUUACUUGAACAAGAACGGCAGCACUGGGCCCCACCUAGACAAGAAGAAAGUUCAGCAGCUGCCAGACCAUUUUGGACCAGCCCGAGCUUCUGUUGUUCUGCAGCAAGCAGUGCAGGCCUGCAUUGAUUGCGCUUAUCAUCAGAAAACAGUCUUCUCCUUCUUAAAACAAGGCCACGGGGGAGAGGUCAUCUCAGCUGUGUUUGAUCGGGAACAGCACACACUGAACCUGCCAGCAGUAAACAGUAUCACCUACGUCCUCCGCUUCCUGGAGAAGCUCUGCCACAAUCUGCGCAGUGACAACCUCUUUGGGAACCAGCCUUUCACUCAGAACAGCCACAUGCAGCGCUCACACGAGUACGACCACGACAGGUAUCUACCAGACAGAAGCAGCUCGUUAGACGGCUCUCUGCAGGGACCAGGCCGGGGUACAAAGCGCUAUUCCCAAGAUUCCCCUCCAUACACUGCUCCUCUCUCCCCCAAGUUACCAAAGAAUGACCGUCACCCUUUGGAAGGUGAAACCUUUGUCCUGGGAGAUGGCCUCCCGGGGCCCUUAGAGCCUCGCCUGGACCCCAUGGACUCUGCCUUGAACUCUGUCAAUUCAUCCAGCCACAGCAGGAGCUCCAGAGACUAUCGCCUGCCAGGAUACAGGCACCUGCACCAGCCCUCUAGCCUCAGCCAGGGCAGCACCUCUGCCCUGCGCAGGCUUAGCUCUGGGGGGUCGGACAGGUACCUGGGCUCCCGCGACGUCUCCCGGCUCAGCAGCCGCGACCCCUCGUCCUGGACGGUGGAGGAGGUGAUGCAGUUCAUCCGUGAGUCCGACCCACAGCUGGGCCCCCACGCUGACCUCUUCAGGAAACACGAGAUCGACGGGAAAGCCCUGCUCUUGCUGCGGAGUGACAUGAUGAUGAAAUACAUGGGGCUGAAGCUGGGGCCGGCCCUGAAGCUCACUUACCACAUCGACAAGCUAAAGCAAGGCAAGUUCUGAGAGGACUCCCGGCAGGAUGGAUCCUGGAAGCUCCGCUCCCGGCCGUCCCCACCCGCGCUCACCUGCCGACAGGUUCGCAUGCACAAGCCCCCUUCCGCCGCCGCCGGACACUCCCCGUGCCCGCCCGGCCCCACAGCGCUCAGGAGGAGCCCGGCACAGCUGGCCUUUGCACCAGACUCGAGCUGCGGGCCUUGGAAGCGGAGGGUCUCGUCCCCGCUGCCCAGCCGGCGCUUCUCCGUGAGCUCCUGCUUCCCUGGGAUGGGGCGGCGCUCCAGGCAGUGCCCGUGGGCGCUGGGUGUUUGCCUCAGCUCCUCCGGCUCUCGCUGUGGCUCGGCGCUCCCGGGGCAGCCCCUGGGCACUGAGCCUGCCCAGCCUCAAGGGGCUCGGUGCCCGUGUGCCCUCAGCCCUGUGGCACCACAGGGAGCUCUGAGCGUUGACCACCCAGCCCUGUCUUCCACGCUGGGGGAGUCCAAACACCCGGCUCUGCCUGCCCCCUGCUCCUGAGCUGGCUCCAGCUGGGCACGCCGGGCUGGGCAUGGAGGGCUUCACAUUUAUUCCAGACUGGGGAGUCCGUGUGGGAGCGUGGGGCGAGCUGGGAGAGCUGAGGAGCGGGGCUGGGCCUGGCGUGCCCCUGGCACAGAUGGGCCUGGGCUGGUGUUGGAGGCUGCCUGGAUGCUGCAGGACUCGGCUGAUCCUUCUCGCCUUUUUUUCCUUUUUUUUUUUUUAAUUUUUUUUUCUUACUAAGGAGUUGUCUGUUUCAAACGACGAGAUGAUUUUUCUACCUGUGUUGAACUCGCAGCUCUUGGCGAUUUUUAGCCAGAGCUGCUAAGGUUUGUCUUCCCAGGGGCCCUCCUGCUCCUCUAGAGUUUCGGUGUGUCCCAGCUCAGCGUGUGCAAGAGGGUUUUGGGUCUGGCCAGAGCACCCCGGGGUGGUGACCUGUCCCGGCAUCACUCUUCCUGUGAGGGCUUUGCCCUUCCCGAGGCACCUGUUGGUCUCAGGCAGUUUAAUGUAUUUAUUUUUGAUGGCACUUGAGUGGUUCCCGUGGUCUCCGAGAUGUUUCUGCAGCUGCACGAGGACUGUGGGGAGUGGAGCCACCAGCUGUGCCCCCGCAGUGUCCCCUGGACAGCAGCUGCCAGCUGGGGGCUGCCUGACGGGCAGGGGGCUGCCCAGACCCCGGAGCAUCAGCAGCACCAGCCUGGCCUGAGCGGGGACAGGGGGGACAGGACAGCGAGGACAGGACCCAGCUGACAGGACAGGGGGGACAGGACCCAGCUGACAGGACA